AUGUGGCGGUCCGGUAACCGGUAUUACGCCGUGCCUAGGCCACUGCAGACCGUGAUGUCCGAGAUGCCGCGUGUCGAUAAUACGCGUACCGCCGGUGGCAAGUUGAGGUGGACGGUGCAGAUGGAGCUCCUGCUAAUUGAUAUUUGGCAGGAGAACAUUGAUCAGUUGCGGGGAGUCAGAAAAAAUGUCCAUGUAUACAUGGAGAUGGCCCAGUCCCUUAUGGAAGCCGGAUUUGAUGUGUCAUACAAGGAUGUCCGGACCAAAAUCGAAAAUAUGACAAAGAAGUACAAGCAGGAAAAAAAUAAAAUCGGGCCAAGCGGUGGGGCUCCUUCCGUUUGGCAGCACUAUGAUGUCCUCCACUCCUUCCUAGGGGCAUUCCGCAUCCACAACACCGAGCAGAACACUGUGGAUAACGAGAGUGCCAAAGAAUACUUUGUGGAGGUGACAUCUGCAGUUCAAGUCAAGCCUCAGGCAGCACUGCCCCUCCUGCAAAGCGAACGAAGGUUGACCACAAGGACGAGCUUUUGGAGAUAG